AUGGGCAUUGGCAACAUGAUGUCGAAGCUCAAGCCCUCAGCCGAGGCCAAGGAGUCUUCUCAGUUCUCUUCGCAGGCUGCUACUCCUGCUCGCGCCGACUCCACUGUCGAGAAGAAUGACAUGAUCAUUGAUGACAGCCCUGUCAAGUACUUGACAUGGCGCUCGUUUAUCUUGGGUCUAUGUGUCUCCAUGGGUGGUUUCAUUUUCGGUUACUCGACUGGUCAAAUCUCGGGUUUCACCUCUAUGACCGACUUCAAGCAGCGCUUUGCUGAAUACAACGGUAGCGAGUACGAAUUCAGCAACGUUCGCAAUGGUCUCAUUGUUGGUCUGCUGUCUAUCGGAACUAUGAUCGGUGCCCUCAUCGCCGCUCCCAUUGCUGACCGCAUUGGCCGCAAGCUCUCUAUCUCCUUCUGGGCUCUUAUCAACAUGGUCGGUAUCAUCGUGCAGAUUGCCGCUACCGACAAGUGGUACCAGGUUGCUAUGGGUCGUUGGGUCAUGGGUCUGGGUGUUGGUGCCCUCUCCAGCGUUGUCCCCAUGUACCAGUCCGAGUCCGCUCCUCGCCAGGUCCGUGGUGCCAUGGUCAGCGCUUUCCAGCUGUUCGUUGCCUUCGGUAUCUUUAUCUCCUACAUCGUAAACUUCGGUACCUCCCGCAUGACCCACUCCACUGGUUCAUGGCGCAUCACCAUGGGUAUUGGUUUCGCCUGGCCUCUGAUUCUCGGUGUUGGUACCCUUUUCCUACCCGAGUCUCCCCGUUUCGCUUACCGUCACGGCCGUGUCGAUGAGGCCCGCCAGGUUAUGGCUAAGCUCUACGGUGUUCCCACCAACCACCGCGUUGUUGCUCAGGAGAUGGCCGAUAUGAAGCAGAAGCUCGAUGAGGAGACCGCCGCUGGUGUUGCUCCAUGGCACGAGAUUCUCACUGGUCCCCGCAUGUUCCACCGUACCAUGCUUGGUAUUGCUCUGCAGUCUCUGCAGCAGCUGACUGGUGCUAACUUCAUCUUCUACUACGGUACCUCCAUCUUCGCUGGUGUUGGUCUCAGCAACUCCUACGUUACUUCCAUCAUCCUGGGUGCCGUCAACUUCGGUAUGACCCUUCCUGGUCUGUACAUCGUCGAGCACUAUGGUCGCCGUAACUGUCUUAUGAUUGGUGCCGCCUGGAUGUUCAUCUGCUUCAUGAUCUGGGCUUCCGUCGGUCACGAGGUCCUCCACGCCGACCCCGGUAACCACUCCGCUGGUGUCGUCAUGAUCGUCUUCACCUGUUUCUUCAUCGUCGGUUUCGCUACCACUUGGGGUCCCAUCGUUUGGGCCAUCUGUGGUGAGAUGUACCCCUUCCGCUACCGUGCUACCUGCAUGGGUGUCGCCACCGCUGCCAACUGGACCUGGAACUUCCUCAUCUCUUUCUUCACCCCCUUCAUCUCCAGCUCUAUCGACUACAGCUACGGAUACGUUUUCGCUGCUUGCUGUUUCGCCGCUAUUCUCGUUGUCUUCUUCUUCGUCAACGAGACCCAGGGUCGCACUCUUGAGGAGGUCGACACCAUGUACGUCCUGCACGUCAAGCCCUGGAAGUCCGCUAGCUGGGUUGCCCCUGAGGGUAUCAUUGCCGAUCUCCACGCUCCUCAUGGCCCUAAGCCUGCUGAGGGUGGCGUCGGCGAGCACCAGCAUCACGAUGCUGCUGCUGAGAUCUCCGAGGAGCAGCAGUAA